AUGGAAGGAGAAGAAGAGGCUGAUUCAGACCAGGAUGACAGCAAAGGCAACAGGAAGAAGAAACAAGGGAAAGCUGCAAAGUCAUCAGCAGAGCCUCCCAAGAAGAAGUCUCCGUUUGAAAACGCUUUUCUGUCCUUUAUCGACGAGAGGGACAAGUCCGCACCAGGCUUUGGCGAGCCAAACCGACCCCGUCGGGGGCAGAACAGUUCAAAACCGCAAAGCAACAAGGAACAUAGCUUGAAAGACAUCAGAAUACAAAGUGGUGCAAGUGACCAGUUAGAUAUUGAAAAAAGUGACCAAUCACACAAUGCUGAUGUCAUCUCUGGCCAAUCAGGGGCAAGCACCAGUAAGGACCAAUCGAGAUCAAGCAAUGGCAGCGGCAAAUCAGCAAAGAGCAGCAAAGGUAGCCAACCAGAAGGCAGCAGUGAUGAGUCUAGUGAUUUGGAUGAGAAAGCCGACGGGAAGUCUUUCUUCGAGUCAGUAGAUCUUGAGGAGGAAGAGGACACAAUCGACCUCCGUCCAAGAAGAAUGUCUUCCAGACAGGCCGCCCAAAAAGCCCGCACCGCUCUGCAGACACACGUCUCGGAAGAUUCUGACUCGGAUGGAGGAGACCCAAUCGAGCGGCAGAAGUCUUCUUCCAUCCUCAAGGCAUCGGCAGACAGCACAGGCGCUACAGAGGCGAAACUUGAAGGUGCUGGGCUGCCGGGGAGAGGGAGACAGGUCACCAGGAAGAGAAGAGCGAAGCGGCGCCACUCGGAAGUUGAUGAAGAUGAAGACGAUGACCCAGAGUGGAAUCCGACCCAGGAGAAGGCUCCGACCAAUCGCCUGGACAUGUCGGCCAGAAACAGCAGUGGAAACUCUGCGCGUGCUGUGUCAUCUAGCGACGACGAGAUAUCGGACGACGCUGACAUGCGACGCGGCCCAGGCAGACCACCCGCCAAUGCAACGGCCAGAAACACCGGCGCCGCCAACAAUGACAAGAAGCGUCCGAUGCAGCCCCCAAAGGUGGUCAUCUACCCCAACAAGGUGGUGAAGACGGCAGCGUCAUCCUCGGCUUCCGGAUCCAGAUACACCACAAUCACUCCAAAUUCCAGUGGCCCGGCGCCCACGAGCAGUAACGUUGUGAGCAGCUCUGUCGGCUCCUCCAAUGAGAUGAUGUCUGACGAACCCCUGAUCAUCUCUGAUGCCGAGAGUGAGAGUGAGGAGGAUAGCAGGAUGAACUACCUCAGGGAGGAGUUUGUGGUGAAUACAGAGACUCUGAAUGACGAGAAGCACCCCAUCUGGCAGAUCCAGAAAACCCUGCUGAAGAAGUUUGUUCCGUACCAGGACAAGAAACACUGGUACAUCGCUUCCAACAGUUACCUCGGCUGGUUUGGCUCGGAGAAGUCCAAGUUCAGACCUGUGCGGUGCCGGUUCGUUCGGAAGGAGAGGAACGCAGACAUCGUGAAGGUGGUGAAGCCGCGCCGCUCCGCCAACACUGCCGCCACAGAGGCCGCGCCAGACACCACAAACGAGGUCCAGACGUCUCAGCAGUCCCUGGCGGACUCCUUUAAGAUUUACCUGCAGGCGGCAGUGAGCCAGGUGCUGGAUGAGGAGUUCCUUCCCUGCGUGGAGGAGGAGAGAGACGAGUUUUUCCUGACGGCCCUGUGCAGCCUUGACGAGCGGCUGGAGGAAGCCAAGCGAGCUGUAGCAGACAACCUCGGCUGGGUGCCCAGGUUUAAGACGCUGGCCGAGACGUGGCCGUUCCUUAGAGAAGAGGAGGGAGAGCCAGCCACUGGGGUUCUCUGUCAGGCCUGUGAGAAGCAGGGCCAUGUUGCAGCCAAACUCCUGCGGCUAGACGGCCGACCCUACGACAGACUCACGCUUCAGGACAAGGAUGCACCUUCCGGCAGCGAUGAACAGGAAAAGUUGUUAAAGUUGGGGAGAGUGUGUGGGGAAAGAGUGUCCCUCUACCACCGACUGCACCACUACAGAUUCCAGCUAUACCGUCGCUGCAUGGCAAAGGUAACCACACUCCAGGAGGAACACCCUGAGUUCCCUCAGGAGGAGGUGGUGAGACAGAUCCUCAAGAACAUCAACUGGGUCAAGCAGCUCUACGAGGAACUCAGAAGUCUCCUGGAAGACUGUCAGGCGGUGGCGUCCUAGCCAACGGAUCUUAGGAGCUUUCAGUCCUCGGCAUUGUCUGUUCGGGAGUACAUCUUCCCUGUAUCACUGUUACUGUUACUGUUAUGCACUUGAUGUGUAAUUAGUUCUUGUUAAAAGAGUACUCAACCCUACCCAGAAGCAGAAUUGUGUUGUUGUUUUCUGAGAUUUCUUAAACAUUGGCCACUUUUCCCACUUCGUGGAAUUAGUCUUUCUUACAACGGUACUCAACCCCAGAAAACGGUACUCAACCCCAGAAGCAGAUGUGUGGGAAACCACAUUUUUAUUGCAAAAAUUAUUUUUUGAAAUCAACCAAA